CUAGCCGCCUUCGACUGCGCCCGGCCAGCGGGGCCCGGGAUUUAUAUUUUCUUUACAACUUCAACUAAAACCCAUUUCCUUUCUUUUUUCUACGAGUUACAUUUUUUUAUUUCACUUUAAUUGUAAUCUCCACAGUCGGCGGCGAGUGAGCAAUGUCGGCAUUUUCUGAGGCGGCGUUCGAGAAGAAGUUGUCGGAGCUGAGCAACUCUCAGCAGAGCGUCCAGACGCUGUCGCUGUGGCUCAUCCACCACAGGAAGCACGCGAGAACCAUCGCCAGGGUCUGGCACGGCAGCCUCAAGAACACGAAACCAAGCCGAAAGCUCACCUACCUCUACCUGGCCAACGACGUCAUCCAGAACAGCAAGCGCAAGGGCCCCGAGCUCACGCGGGAGUUUUCCUCAGUGCUGCUCGACGCCUUCUCCCACGUGGCCAGAGAGGCGGAUGACGGGUGCCAGACGCCCAUGCAGCGGCUGCUCCACAUCUGGCAGGAGAGAGCCGUGUACGAUGGGGACUUCAUCGAGCAGCUACUGCAGGCGGCAAGCGAGAGAAAGGCGAAGAAGCGGACGCGCGAGCUGACGGUGCCCGUCCAGCCAACACGGCGGCGUCGGGAGGCAGAGGAAGAAGAGGAGGAGAACGAUGAGGAGGAUGAGGAGAAGGUGGUGGUACUGCCGGCGGCCGUGAUGGAGGACGACCACUACCUGGAGAAUGCUUCGCCCAAGGAACCGCCCGAGGCGGGGGAGCUGGUGAGAGUCCUCACGGAGUUGGAGAGCGCCGCUUCGAGCGACGCCACCGUGAGACGGAAGAUUGCGUCGCUGCCGCUCGCGGUGCAGGACGUAUCGCAGCUGUCAAGGAUCACCGACAGGGAGUCGGCGGAGCGGCUGACGCUUGUGGUGGACGACGCGUGCCUGCUGCUCGCCGACUACAACGGGCGACUGGCGGCCGAGCUGGAGGACCGGCGGCAGCUGGCGCGCAUGCUCGCCGACUACACGCGCCGGCAGCAAGAGCAGCUGCGCGAAAAGGAGCGCAGGCUGGAGGAGUACAAACAGAAGCUGAACAGGGUGACGUGGGUGAGGAGGGAGCUGAAGGCGCACAUCCAGAGUCUGCCCGACCUCUCUCAGCUGCCCAACGUUACGGGCGGCCUGGCCCCACUGCCCUCGGCGGGCGACCUCUUCUCUCUGUGAGCCUGGCCCCACACCCUGAAUUACAGGAAGUUGAUGCGCGAGAGGCAUGACUCGAGGAAGCAGCGCCAGCGCUACCAAGCGUCUUAUUUAUGGCAUUGGAUCACUGCACGUGGUCCGCGUUUUUGCUUCUGGAGGUAUGUUUUAUUGAUGUACCCUGCUGCUUGUGAAGUUUCUGCACCGUGCGUUGUAUCAUGGAUGCAUUUAAUUACUUGUUUGAAACCCAGGCUUCAAUUGGCUGCUUGUCACUUGCCCCGGUGAUUUGCGUUUCUACACAGACCGCUUUCGUUUCGUGUUGAUUCUAUUCAAUGCCCGAGGUCUGCGCUUGAUUUGACUGCUGGCUGUGUAUACAGAUGUCCAUCUGGUCUGCUGUGUGUGCAGCAAACCAGACAGACAUCUCCACCAUGUCUCCCUGCACCUCCCGAAUGUUUCCCCAUGUCUCCUUACACCUGCCCACGUCUCCCCUUGUCUCCAUUGCACCUCCCUGCGUCUCCCUGAAACUCUACCCAUGCUUCACCCAUGUCUCUUUGAAUCUCCCCAAGCCUCCCCCGUACGAUCUUAUUUUCGUGCAGUCUGCAGUUUGCUUUCUGGACAGGCACUCAAAACUGCUUGGCUGUUGUUUUGUUGUUUUGUUGUUGUUGUCACGGACAGCAAAGUUCAGUAUGUUGCAGUGGCUGUGCAUGUGUCCCCCCUUAUGUGCAGGCAAGAAUUGCAAUUUGUUUACGUACCGUUAAACCUCCGUACUUUCAAGUCGACUUAGCCACGCUCUACCUGGCGAGUCAUAGGUGUAGAUUCUCAUGGUUAUAAUUACACAGUGGGAAUUAAUUUAUUACUUAUUUAUUUUGGGGAGGGGGUGGGGGUUAUGUUUUUGCAUUAAAACCUAAAACGUAGUGCUGCAGAAUGGGGGGGGGCGGGGUGCAAACCACUAUUAGUUGCCUAAACCCAACACACAGUGCUACUGUGAUCAGAAUGUGCACGCUGGAACACAUCCUGUCAAUAUAUAUAUAGUUUUUGUGGGAAUUUGUGAUUCGUUAGAACUGUCAUUAAACUCCAGUCCGCAUGCUUCAUCGUCCCAUGUCUGCCGAUUGUUUAGAUGGUUCAAAUAAUGUAAGUUUAUCCGGGAAGUCUCACUGAGUCUCACGACUCCGUUUCAAGAGGUGUUUCUGCACUGAGAUGCUUGGUCAGUUCCAUUUUUUUUAAAUCCAGAAAUGUUUCGUGUGCAUGCGAGGGAAUCAACACACCUGAAAAACACACCCAUACAUGGGGAUAAUGUACAUUGAACUUCUUUCGCACCGUACGUAGCCAACCGCGCUAAUCGGAGGUGCACAGAUGGGUUCGUGGGCCUGCUUGUUGUACUGCAAUCGGCUGGCCACCUCACAGUCUCGCAGCUUUUGGGAGCGUCGCAUAUCUCUGAAUGAUCCACCAACCCUUGGAUCCAGAGCACUGGAUCAUCGGCAUUCCCCACUUCACCCGACCAAAAUACAGACAAAGCAUAUUCAUGUACGAGCUUUGUUUUACACUUGGUGUCAAUAAUCACUGCGAGCGAUUGUGUUCUUCUUUAAGGGCAGGAAGUCAACCUGCCCAAUGCUGCACAGACAGUGUGUGUACGUAUGAAUCUAUGUGUAUGUACACAUACCUGUCAACCCAUGCGGUUUACCCGUAUUCUUGUACAGAUGAAUUCAGUUUUUAGCUCCAUAACGGCAUACAGACGUUUCUCCCUUGUGAUGGGAUUUUGUGGGAUGAAUACUCUCUGGUUAUUUCGGUAAAGUCACGUAGGUAUAAAAUACAAAAAAUGUUUAAAUGACGUUUCGGAAGCAACACAAGCGUCCGGCAUUAAAUCACGAAACGUCGUGAUUUUUUUUUGUAUUUAAUUUUAUACCUACGUGACUUUUUCCGAAAGAACCAAAGAGUAUGAAUCAUUGCAGUCACGACAACUUCAGAUCUCGACUUGUAGGAUGAACUUUGAGAUUUAUAAGGGCACGGCGUGACCAAUAAGGUCUGAAUUGGUCUGUAAUAAGGUCGGCACUAAAUGUUGACUUAAAACUUUUGUGACUGCGGGGAUUCAUAUUCUUUGGUUCUUUCGGGAAAGUGACGUUGAUAGAAAAAUAAUAAGGUGAAUAAUUUUAAAAUAAUGUUUCUAUGUGACUUAAAGAAUAAGUUUGGCACUGAUAAGGGGUUGACAGGUAUGACGUACAGCCCCUUAGUCCACUGCUAUUUAAAGGCCUCUCCCUCCACGCUGCAUUGGCCAUGGGGGUUGUGCUUCCAGACUGGUCAAUGUGGGUUGAAGGUGGCGGGGAGGAACCCAGGACCUGUUCGGAUAUUGCUCGCUCACCGUCGAUGUUAGCCGUGUCCAGGAAUUGAACUCGAGGUUGCUGGGGUCAUAGCGCAAUGCGCCAAGCACUGAAUCACAGCUCCAUGUCUAUUACCUUUGCUCCACCACCACUCGUUCACCGCACCACAAGAAUCCACGCGGAGAGCUGCAUUUUAACAGGAUGCAAACACCAUAAAGGAGUGUAAAUUGGUUAGAAUUGGAUUGCUUGACAAAGGUUUGAACAUGUGGUAAAAAAAAAUUCUAAACUCAAUUCUUAGAAGUCCCACUUGGGAAAACCACACAGCAAACAUCAUCCCCUACAGGCAGACCACCAAUGCUGACUUGUAGCCCAGUAUCACGUACACCUUCUGCUGUACAGACAGCUGCCACUGGAGUUCCCUUUGGCCAACAGUUUAGGAAUUAACCAUGCUGUAGUUACAUAGGUUUUGUUAUCCUACGUAAUUAUUAAAUACAGAUUGUGCAGCAAUACAUGUAACAUUCACUGAUCUGUGCUUUAAUAAAUAAAAAUGUGUUA